AAAUUAUUUAUCAAAUAAUCAUAUGAUUUCUUGAAACUUAGAAAAACUAAACUCAUCAAUAAGUUUCAUAGAUAACUUAACUUGUGGCGCAUAAAUAAUAAAUCGGCUUCGAUACUGAAAAUUCAAAGCAUACAUACAAUUCAUAUUAAUAACAAUACCGUUUCUGAGGAUUAUCUUCGCAAAUUAGUUGGGUGACUUCAAGUCAUUUCAGCGAUUCUGAUCCGAUAGAAGUAAUCCGCAAGAGUAAAACAUCGUAGUAGGGAGUCCUACGAUUCAACAAAAGCAGAGAAACAGAGACGGAGAGACAGCGAAAUCCCGAAGGAAGAACCGAGAGGCAAACGACGGGGCGUUCCGACCAGAAAUAGAAAAGCGGCACGAGGAGAGUCGUUGAGUGCCAAGGUGGUGUUCCAUGUGAGUCUCUUCGAAUCGGACUUGGUAGUUCGCAUGUCGAAGCAUGCCACGUGGCAUCUCAAUGAGAUCCUCCCUAAGGAGCCGAGAUUCGUCCUCGACGUCAACCGGGGUCGACCCUCGGGAACGCGUCAAGGAUUGCUGCAGAAAGCUGGUGGCUUUUAUGUGCACUCAGGUCGGCGUAGGCGGUUUGGUAGUGGGCUAUGCCAUCGUGGGCGCCUUUGGCUUUAGAAUGAUCGAGACCCAGAUCGAUCCGACGGCGCCGGUGUGCAAGCAGGAUAACAUUCGUGAGGAAUACGCCAACGAGCUGUGGCUCAGCACCGCGAGCAAUCAAUCGGUGAAUGUAUUCAACGAGACCGCCUUCCACAUAGUGUCUAACAGCAUUUUGCAGCGUUACCAAAAGAAUAUCACCAAUGGCGUGCGACAGAAGCUAAACUGCAACGGUCUCGCGCCUGACGAUCGCUGGACGUUCCCGGCGGCGUUGAUGUUUUGCCUCUCGGUGUUCACGAUGAUCGGCUACGGCAGUCUGGUGCCGAAGACCCAAUGGGGUAAAGGCGCCACCGUGAUUUAUGCGGUGCUGGGCAUUCCAUUGUACGUGCUUUAUUUUCUGAACAUGGGCAAGGUUCUCGCGCAGACUUUCAAGUGGCUCUAUACGCGAUUGCACGAGUGCACCGGUCAGCGGAAACCCGGCCAGCGGAUCAUCGUACCCUCGACCGCUUGUCUCUGGGUGAUAUUCGGCUACAUCAUCGCUGGUUCGAUCAUGUUCGCCGAAUGGGAAAACUGGGACUAUCUGGACAGUACUUACUUCUGCGUUACAUCGCUCUGCAAGAUUGGUAUGGGCGAUCUAAUACCAGGCUGGGGCCAGGGAGCCGAGACAGAGAGCGACCAGACAAAGCUCAUCAUUAACUUCGUGUAUUUAUUGUUGGGCAUGGGCCUGAUAGCCAUGUGCUACAAUUUGAUGAGGGAAGAAGUAUAUGUAAAGGCUCGAGAACUCAAAGAACAACUGAACCAAGCGAUGGACGCGGCCCAUUACAAAAUAAUUACGUGUUGUAAAUCGGAACCUACUGAUUGAGAGAUCAAGAAAAAAAA